CAGUAAGCAAAGCAACAAAAUGGCGGACGACGAAGAAAAACUACAAAUUCCAACAACUUUAGAUUAGUUUUCGAGAAAAGUGGCCCGAACUGGGAACUUUUUACUUCAAUUUCUAUAACAGCAAGUAUGUAUGUUAAUUUUCCUUGAGAGUUAUGGCUGUAAAAGUUUCAAAUCCAGCUGUGCAUGCGCGAAAACAAACUUGUUUCCAGAGUAAGAGGUGUUGACUUUGACUGUUGAGUGUUGUUUGUGCAUCUGCGUGAAAAACAACAGCGUUCUUGUUACGUGUUCCCCCAGCAAACUGUGCAAACAUGAGCUCCAGUUCACACACCCAUCCCUCUAACGGCCACAUACCGAACGGUGGGGCACCGAACGGGUCCGGGCCGCGUGCCGGGGGCAGGAAGAGGCUCUUCGCGAAGAAGAAACUUGAGAGGCUAGCGCUGAGGAGGGAGAGGCACAAACGGAUGACCAAGAUGGAAAUUCUGAAGGAGAAAGUCGCGGACAAACUAAAACUGUUCCUGAUCUUCGCCUUGCCCGUGGUGUUGAUGGGGUUUAUUCUGUUGGUGUUGAUAGGAAUUUACGUCGUGAGGCCUUACAACGAAGGUCAGCAGUUUGUGGAGUCGAGCUGUCAGACCGUCGCAACCCACUACCUGAACGAGGGCAGCUGCAGCAGCCACACAGAUGUGUUCCAGCCUUGUCUGCAGGUUUAUGUUCAUCACACUGCAGCGAACUCAGACAUCCCAGUGGUUCUGAUGGAAAACGAACAAGCUCUAAUGUACUGUGAACAGUGUUCUCUGACGUUUGGGAGACAUGCCCUGUUCACAGACCCAUUCUCACCCUGUGCGGAUGGAUGGAAGGAUGAUUACAACAAACAGUCUUGUGCUGAAGGCUACAGGAUUCAGUAUGAGAAGGCCAACACAACCUACCCCUGCUACUACAACCCAACAAACCCAGAACAUGUAGUGAGGGAAAUUACGUUGACCAGUGGCAAAGUUGUGAACCUUGUCUUGUGGCCUCUCCUCCUGUGUCUGGUCUACAUGGCAGCUGUGGUGUAUGUUCUAUACGAGAGAAGAAUCAGGAAACAACGUGACCAGCAGGUCACAGCAGACGUCCAGACUCAGGAGGAAGAGGAGGUCCAGCGCCGCAAGAACCAGAGCAAGCGGCGGAAGAUCCCGUGUCGCCACAGCCACAUCAGCAACGCCAGCGGCUUCCUGGUCCCCAGCUCCUCGUGCAACUGCCUGGACCACCUCACCAACAACCGCACCUCUCCCACCAACCAGCUGCCAGAUCUGGCCCCCUCUGUCUCCGACAUCCCCGAAGGCUUGCUGAUGUUCAGCAGUAUUGACUACCUGGAUCUGGACACGGCCGGGUUGGGACAUUUAGACCUGGCGGUGUCGGACCACGGCGGGAGCUAUGUCUACCUGUCAGGUCUUGAGCAGCAGCUGGAGGCAUCGGUGUACACGAACGCCUUUGCACGCAACACUCCCCCCAGGCCGUACAGUAUCAGCAGUGACUCGGAGGCAGUACACGAGAGUGAUAUUGACUACUACUUCAGUAGCUUUGCCAACGGGGACCAGUACCAGUCAGCAGGAAGUGACCAGUUCUCGUACGAUCCCUUCUAUGCCAUGACUGAUGAGGAGUCCAGAGUGUGAGAGGAGAAGUCUAAAGCUAAUCAAAUAAAGUUUGCAAACUUCAGUUCAGUUGCUCAAAUUAUUGGUUUUAUCCUUGGCAUGUACCCUCAUGUAAUCGGGCAUGGUGCUCCUCCCAAAGUGGGUAUCAAUCAAUCAAUCAAUCAAUCAAUCAGUCUAUUGAAAACAAAAACACCUGGCAGAGUCCUUGUGAAGAAAAGUAGACAAACUUAUCAAUGAUGUAAGGUGUAACGAUAAAGUAACAAUAAAGAUAUGACUGAGUGACUGAUAGUAGUAGCCCAAUACCAGCAACUGUGGAUCCUCGAGAGUUCUUGGUAACAGAGGAUGAUGAUGAUAAUAGACUGACCUCAAGUUUCCAAAUGUAUUUUGAAAGGUUUGCUCAUCUUUAACCAAUUAUGGUGCACUUGUCUUGUACAUACAGCCAGGACCAAUGGGUCUACUUCCCACCACUGUCUGCACAAUGUUUAUGUCAUGAACAUGUGGCUGCUCUUUCUCUAAUCUACAAUUAAUGUGAAUUCCACUUUGUGCACCAGAAAAUAAAAACUUGUAAUAUACAUUCCAUUAAUAGGGAGAGCAAAAAUAUCAUGAUCUGUAAAUGUUUGGUCUUGGUUUAUGUAUUUAUAGUCACAUAUUUUUAACAUUGUUAUCAAGUGUACAAAGAUAUUUUUGUAGCCUACAAAGUUUUUAACUAGAAAGAUACUUAAGGUCAAGUGCCUUAUUGUGUGGAUUUCCUAAAAGUGUUUCUAUUUUAUAUACACUGUUUGUAUUUGUGCACCAAAGAA